AUGGCGUACUUCAUUGACGGAAAGGAUUGCAUGAUAUCCGAAUGGAUUCUGCUGGCAGCUUCCUAUGUAUUCGUCGGCCUGCGCAUCUACGCCCGCCUCUUCCGCCUGCGCGAGAAGUUGGCCCUGUCCGACUAUCUCCUCAUCCUCUCCGCCGUCAAUGCCCUUGGUCUGAUCAUCUGUGACACCUUGACCUUCCAGAUGGGCGUCAUGGACAACUGGGAGUCUUCGGUCGCUCUUUCCAAGAUUUCCUUUGCUUCCAACUACUUCUACGAUGUUGGAAUGGGAUUCCCCAAGAUGAGCAUGCUGGCCUUCUACUGGGCCUAUUUUCCCUCCGAUACCAGCCCAGCCAUGCGCAAGGCUCUCUGGGGUAUCACUGCCUUCGUCUGCCUUUCAUACAUGGCCAUCCUCUGGGACGACACCUUCUUCUGCGGAAAGGAUGUCUCCGUGCAAUGGUCCCAGGAGGAGGGUGCAUGCAGCGUGUUCUACGCGCCAGAACCAUUCAUUCUCAACUUCACCCUGAACCUUGCCUGCUACCUUGCCGUCUACGUUCUUCCCCUGGUUCUGUUGGCGCAGGGCGUUCUCAAGUCCUCCAAGGGUCUCACCAUUGCUUUCGUUCUCGGUACCUUGACAAUCUGCACCACCAUUGUCCGUUUCAUCACCUUGAAGAUUGGCACUGGACAGGAGAACCUCGUCUACCCCAUGAGUAUUCUCGAAAUGACUCUUGCCAUUGUCGUUGUCUCCCUCCCCGGCCUGAAGCCUCUUGUGGACCGCUCCGAGAAGCGUGAGCCUUCGGUGGAAACCGUUGAUGUGAACCAUCAGGAAAAGAACUUUUCGUGA